UACAUGAGCAGUUUCGAUGCCAGUGAAGUCAAAGCCAAUAGUCGGCUCUCUCUCAGUAUACACAGUGUUUAAAUAUUUAACAGUAGCAAUGCAGAAGCCUCACUGUACUGUCACCGUGGAGUAGAGUGGAUUUAAAUAUCUUUGUAGACGAGCUAGCCAAGUCAUUGUGAAAUUACUGAGAAGUCUUACCCCCCAAAAAAUUACCCCAACAUGCAAUGUGAAAAAAAUAAUUCUGGAUAGAAAAUGUGACACAGGGUUUUGACAGGCAAUAGAUAUGUAGUGAUGGGAUUCGGUGAACGUAUGAACUCUUUUCUCGGGUUCCAUUCAGUGUAUUUCAUCUGUAAAGCGAACCUGGGUUAAAGACUUGCCACUUUAUUUGGAUAUUAUAUCUGGUGUUUUAUAUUGUAGCUAUCAAUUAAUUCUUUUGGACCAUGGCUUUGAUACUGCAUUUAAAAUAUGCGGAAAAUUUGAAAGGGAAAUCGGACCGGUUGGCCAAGGUUUCUUUCAGAGGGGUCUUUCAUUACACUGAAGUUGUUGAGGAUGCAGAAGGAAGUGCUUUCUUUGAUCAGACCUUCCAGUGGCCAGUGGCUAGACCCAUUGAUAAAGAUGAGGUGGUCGAAAUCCAACUCUUUAACUACAAUAGAUACCUGUCCAACAGGUUGGUGGGAACGUUCCGAAUGUUCCUCCAGGAGCUGGUGGAGGUCGGAAACGUCAAGAUCUGCGACUCUCUGCUGGACAGUCACAAUGUGGUCAUGAGGACCUCCGUGACCUUUGAACUUGUAUACAAUGCUCCAGAUGGAUCAGUCGGUAUGUGGCAGAAAGGAGGCUUUGAUAGACUCACCUCUGAAGAACUUAGAUCCCCCCUCACUGAGGAGGAUCAGAAUUUCCGGAAUCUGGAACGCAGCAGUGUGGACUCCGAAUCCAUCAUCUCCACUGGCAGCCCAUCCAAGUCAAUCCAUGGAUCUAAGCUCAGUCUGGAGUCCAAGAGGUCAGGUGGAAGGUCACCAAGGCACACCAAGAAUCUGUCUUCUGUGGUGAAGAUGAUGAUGACGGUCUCCAAACAGCGGGCGGGCGGGGGCGUUCCUGACAUGGACGACAAACAGUCGCUGAUAGAUGACUUAGAGACAGAUGCAAGUCUAGAUGCAAAAGCUGCAGAGAUUGCCUCAAUGGUGGGAGGUGGAAAGGACAGUAAUCUUGACGACGACCAAGAAAGUGAAGGUCACGGUUCAAUAUCAGCAGGAAUCCCCAGUUUUAAAAGAUCCAAAGACAAAGUACCAAGAAUAGAGCCAGCUUCUAUGAAAGCUCAGGAUUUUCAGGUGUGUAUCACAGUGAUAGAGGCGCGGCAGCUGGCCGGGCUCAACAUGGACCCAGUGGUUUGUGUACAGGUGGGGGACCAGAAAAAGUACACCAGUGUUAAGGAGUCCACUAAUUGUCCGUACUACAACGAGUAUUUUGUGUUUGAUUUCCACAUGGCCCCAGCGAUGCUGUUUGAUAAGAUUGUCACUCUGACGGUUUGUCAGUCGGGACGUCUCCUCCGAUCCAACAAGCCACUCGGAAACUACAAACUGGAUGUAGGCACUGUGUAUGCUGCAACAGAUCACCAAUUUUACCAUAAAUGGGCAAUGUUAACUGACCCUGAUGACAUCAAUGGAGGGGUCAAAGGUUAUCUCAAAUGUGACAUUGCUGUGGUCGGCAAAGGUGAUUCUGUCAAGGUCCCACCAAAAAUUGAGCAAGAUGAUGAUGAUAUUGAAGGAAACCUGCUUCUACCGGAGGGUGUGCCGGCAGACAGACAGAGAGCCAAAUUCUGCAUCAAUGUCUACAGGGCAGAGGGCUUGCCAAAAAUGAACACUGGUAUCAUGGCCAAUGUCAAAAAGGCCUUCACAGGAGAGAGCAAGGACUUGGUGGAUCCCUAUGUCAAUGUCUCCUUCGCUGGCCACCAGGGCAGAACAACGGUAAAGAAGGGUUGUUAUGAACCGGAGUGGGAUGAACAGAUCAUCUUCACUGAGAUGUUUCCUCCUUUAUGUCGGAGAAUCCAGAUACAGCUGAGAGACAAGGAUAAGGUCAAUGAUGAUGUCAUUGGAACACACUAUAUCGAUAUUGCCAAAAUCUCAAACGAGGGCGAAAAAGGUUUCCUACCCACCUAUGGUCCAUGCUGGGUGAAUCUGUAUGGGUCCACACGUCAGUACAGUCUGCUCAACGAGAACCAGCACCUGAACGACGGACUGGGGGAGGGCGUGUCCUACAGGGGGCGCAUGUUGAUCUCCCUCCGGACAGAGGUCAUCGAGUCAGCUGACCUGGGGGGACCAGCCACCGUGGAAGUCUGCAGUGCCCUGCCUAUAUCAGAUAACGCUGCUGGGAAACUGGAUGAGUUCUUUCUGUUUGGUUGUUUUAUGGAGGCCUCCAUGAUAGACAGAAGACUGGGAGAUAAACCUGUCCAUUUUGAAAUCAGCAUGGGAAAUGCAGGGAAUGUUUUGGAUGGCUACAACCCCCCAACCAAAAGCACUUCCUCCAGUGAUGACAGUGAGUCCGAUGAAGAAACGGCUGAUGAUGCUCCUCUUUUGAAUGAAGUGGCGGUUGAAACGCCCAAGUGGAAGAGCACCACCCCUGUUCUACGGCCAUCCACAAAGGACAAAAUAUACUACCACCUCCCAUAUUAUGAGGACAAGCCGUGUGUGUAUAUCAAACAUGUUACAGAGGACCACCGAAGGAGGAUGUACAAUUCUAAUAUAGUGGACAGGAUCAUAGAGAAAUUAGAUGAUGGGAUAUCUCAUGUCCAUGAGAUGAUAGUUCAGGAGCAGCCAUUCCCUGAGAAGAGAAUGAGGGGGGUCUUUGAAGAGCUGGGAUCCUCGUGUUCAAAGUUUGUCAGCGUCGUCAAGGGAACCCAAGCCUCGGGCAAAACUAAGCUGGACAAGGAAAGGCAGAAGUUACUUAUCAGAGAGAUGGAUCACUUAUCCACAUCAGCUAGAACAAUGAAAACUACCACAUCAAAACAUAACCUGAAAGAAAAACUGAAAGUAGCCAAUCAGUACCUCCAAAAACUGAAGUCACUCUCACAUGAGCCACAACACGCCCUGCCUGAUAUGUUCAUUUGGAUGAUCAGUGGUAACAAGAGGAUUGCCUACCAGCGGGUACCAGCCCGGGAAAUUGUCUACUCCAUAGUGGAAGAGGAACGGGGCAAACACUGUGGCAAACAGCAAAUCCUACUCCUUAGACUGCCAGGUAAGAAAGCCAGUGGUCAGUCUGGUUGGGGGAUCCAGGCCAAGUUACAGGUGUACCUGUGGCUGGGGCUCAGUAAGCAUAAGAAGGACUUCCUGAACGGGCUGCCUAAAGGAUACGAGGAGAGUAGGCUGUUACAGAUAGCCAACAAACCACACGCUGUACCCCCAGAGUUCAUACACUACAGUAACUCUGAGACAUUCCAAGUGCGCUGCCACAUGUACCAGGCCAGGAGUCUGAUUGGUUCAGAUGCCUCGGGGUUGUCUGACCCCUUCGCCAGGGUAGCAUUUGGAGACCAGAGUGUGGUCACACAGGUGAUCGAGGAGACCCUCAGUCCUACCUGGGAUGAGAUGAUGAUCAUCAAUGAGGUCACUGUAUACGGUCAGGUAGACGAGAUUGUGGACAAUCCUCCGCUCAUCAUCAUUGAGGUCUUUGAUCAGGAUAAAGUGGGCAAGUCUGAAUUUAUAGGCAGAGCAAUGGCCAAACCAGUGGUCAAGAUGAAGAACGAGAGUUACGACAUGCCCAAGUUUCCGCCCAAACUUGAGUGGUGGGAUAUAUAUCGAGGACCUGAUAAGGCGGGCCAGCUGUUGGCCUGCUUUGAGUUACUUCAGCAUCCUUUUGAGGAGAAGGACCUUCGCAGUGCUCAUCUUACACCGCCGUAUGCAAGGAAGAGAACUCUGUUAGCUCCCUUUGGAGAGAUGACAGGACAGGAUUUACCUCCCUUAGAACUCCCAACAGGAGACAGAGAUAGAGGGCCAAUCAUGCCAGUUCCUAAAGGGAUCAGACCUAUUCUCAGUAAACACAGGAUUGAGGUUCUGUUCUGGGGAGUGAGAGAUCUGAAGCGGGUACAGCUGACGUCAGUGGAUAAGCCUCGGAUUGAUAUAGAGUGUGCAGGUCAUGUCCUGGCUUCAUCCGUAAUCCAAAACUACAAGAAAAAUCCUAACUUUGGAACCCCUGUCAAGUUCUUUGAUGUGGAGUUGCCAGAGAAUGAGAUGUACUGUCCCCCGAUAACGAUACGCUGUGUGGACUGUCGGAACUUUGGUCGCUAUGUCCUAGUGGGUACCCAUGUCAUCAACUCGAUCCACAAGUUCAUGUAUGUCCCUACCACCAAGAAAGCCAAAGCUGCCCUCCAGAAGCUGUUUCCAGAGAAUGAAAAUGGGAAGGAUCCGGAUGCUCCAAAGAUUAUAGAGACAAGUCCGAUGGGAACUGUCAAGGUUGAAGAUGUGGGUAUCAAACUUGAUGAGAACAUGCCCUUAAUUAAAAAAGAUUCUCCUGUAACACUUAACAUGGUUAAUGUAAAACUAAAGAAAACAGAGGAAAAUGCUCGUCGAAAAAAGAAAGACUCCUUGGAUGAUGAGGAUGAAAUGGAUUUGGACAGCAUGGAUUGGUGGAGCAAGUACUUCGCUUCUGUGGAAACACUUAUCAGGGAACCAGACCCUUUCCACAACCAGAAGAAAAAACCUGUGAAUAAAGGGGAGCAUGAAAGAAACAGGGAAGAUAACUUUGACAAUCUGGAUAUUUACAACAACAUGGAUAACCCCACUGAAUCCAGGUCUCUGACUCCGUAUGGAGCCAUCAGUGGGGGGAAUACUGGCGGGAACAUGACACAAAACCAAACCGAUGAUGACCCAGACUAUAACCCCAAAGAAGCCAAAAAGCUGGAGAAACAAAUGGAGAAGCAGGAUGAACAGAAGAAAACGUUCCGAGGGGCGGCCAAAGCUGUUAGCCUGGCCAGCAAACUGUCACCCAAAGCCCAGCAGAAGAAAUCGAAUGCACCGACCACCGCACAACUAAAGUCCAUCAAGGGAGGCCUUGGUCUACUUAAUGCAGCCUUCGAGAUGCCAGAGGAGGAGUCUGAGAAGAAGGCCAAGAAAAAACCCCUCACCCCCAGGAAGUUCAGAAAGCUUGAGUCUGAGCUCAAGGUGUACCCCAGUGAGUUGGAAGCUCAGGCUGAGUUUGAUGGCUUCAAGGACUGGCUGCACACCUUCGAGCUUUACAGGGGGAAGAAAUCAGCAACUGAGGACACGGACGAAAGUCGCAUCGUAGGAAAGUUCAAGGGAUCCUUGAAAAUCUACAAGAUCCCCCUCCCUGAUGACAUUGAAGACACGACCAUCACCGGAGGAGACCCCACCUGUGGUCUUUUUCAGGGACUGCCUAGCAAUGACCCAAUUAAAGUACUGGUCAGGAUCUACAUUGUUAAGGCAAAUGAUUUACAUCCAGCGGAUUUAAAUGGAAAAGCUGACCCGUACUUAGUGAUCAAGCUCGGAGGCACCACCAUUAACGACAAGGAAAAUUAUGUCUCCAAACAACUUAACCCUGUGUUCGGAAAGUGUGUGGAGAUUGAAAGCACCUUCCCGAUGGAGUCACUACUUACUGUCCAGAUCUACGACUGGGAUUUGGUCGGGAUGGAUGACCUCAUCGGAGAAACCAAGAUUGACCUGGAGAAUCGCUACUACAGUCGACAUCGGGCGGUGUGUGGAAUAUCUGCAAAAUACGACACUUAUGGCUACAAUGCUUGGAGGGAUCCUAUGAAACCUACUCUGAUUUUGGCCAAACUAUGCAAAGAAGGCAAGGUGGAUGGACCCCACUACCAGCCGGGGAAAGUCCGAGUGGGCAACCGAAUAUUUACAGGGACUGUGGACCACACAGAUGAUCAGGAAAGUCGUAAGAACCAUGAAGAGCAGCUGGCCCUGUCCGUUCUGAGGCGGUGGGAGGAAAUACCCAAGGUGGGCUGUAAACUGGUUCCCGAGCAUGUGGAGACCAGGCCACUCUUCAACCCAGAGAAACCAGGCAUAGAGCAGGGUAAGAUAGAAAUGUGGGUAGAUAUGUUUCCUAUGGACAUGCCUGCUCCUACAAGACCUGUGGAAAUCAGCCCCAGAAGACCAAAGAGCUAUGAGCUGCGAUGCAUCAUCUGGAACACGGAUGAUGUGGUGCUGGAAGAUGAUGCCUUCUUCACUGGGGAAAAGAUGAGUGAUAUCUAUGUAAAGGGCUGGAUCAAAGGUCAGGACGACAUGCAGAGCACUGAUAUCCACUACAGAUCUCUGACGGGAGAAGGCAAUUUCAACUGGCGGUUCGUUUUCCCAUUUGACUAUUUGGUGGCGGAAGAGAAGAUAGUGAUAUCUCGGAAAGAAUCUCUCUUUUCCUGGGAUGAAUCGGAGACCAAGAUUCCGGCCAGACUCAAUCUACAGGUCUGGGACGCUGACCACUUCUCUGCGGAUGACUUUCUGGGGGCUUUCACCAUGGAUUUGAAUCGAUUUCCGCGAGGUGCCAAGUCGUCCAAGCUCUGCACCUUGAACAUGUUGACAGACCCACACAUCCCCCAUAUGUCCUUGUUUAAACAGAAGAGGGUCAAGGGCUGGUGGCCGUUUGCCGUCAAAAGCGAGUCUGGAGACGAGUACGAGCUAACGGGAAAGGUGGAAGCUGAACUCCAUUUGAUGACAUCAGAGGAAGCUGAAAAACACCCGGCGGGAUUAGGCAGGAACGAACCAGAUCCCUUGGAAAAACCCAACCGACCAGACUCCUCAUUUAUAUGGUUUUUGAAUCCCCUCAAGUCAAUUCGCUACAUUUUGUGGCAUAACUACAAGUGGGUGAUUAUUAAGGUCCUUGUGGUCAUGCUACUGGCUGCUCUGCUGGUCCUCUUCUUCUACUCAAUGCCGGGAUACACCGUCAAAAAGAUGAUGGGAGCUUGACAGAUUCUCAUUACCGACAGGAAGCUACGGCAAUUUCCGCUGUCUACCGGCACUGGUCAGUUGGCCAGUGGAGAGUUUAAGCACGGACCGAUCAUCGCCUGUCAUCGCUUGUCAUCGUAAUCUUCACUCGUCCACCAUUACCCUGACAGUUUGGAAGCAUUAAUUACGAUGUUAGGCAUCAUUUAACAGAGUAUGUGUUCCGAGAACUGUUUCAUUCACAACAGUAGCCUAAUAUGUUGUUGUAGUGUUGAAAUCAAUAGUCCGAUUGAGUGUGUGUAGUCAAAAUGUGUGGACAACACAAUUCCGCAGUAUUAGGGAGAAGUGACAAUCGAGGUAUCCCAACAACUGGGCAGUAUCGAACCUUUGACUACCUGGGGAGGGCAGUGAUGGCUUCCACACCUAAUAUUUACCUGUCUUUGCUAUUCUCAACAAUUUUUGUACUUUUGAGUGAAACAGGUAACAAAUAAUUCCUGCAGGUUGCAUAAUGUUACAAAAUGGUCAAUUGACAAUCGUUGAUAUUCAAAGGCUGUUAUGUGGGAUAUCUUCAAUAAUUAUCAUAAUAAAGAAACCAAAUAUAGUCUAAUGAGUUGCAUUAAUAUUAGUAUUGGGGUACAUCUCUCAGACUUUCUCUAAAACAAGCACAUUGGUACAUGAAUGUAUACAUAUUCUCAAUGAUGAUCCUCAGACCGGCAGUUCAAUUCACUGAAUCCUCAAACAUUUUAAAAAAAUUGAUUAUAAUCAAUUAAAACUUUGGUAUGUUGUCUCUAUAUAGCCAUUCACAUUUCUGCAUGAAUUAUUUCAUUUUAAAACACAUUGCAAAAUCAUGAAUCUCAAAACUAACCCUUCUAUGACUAUCCAUAAAAUUGCUCUAAAUGAUAGAAACGUUAUGGUGGCAAAAGGUGUAAUGCAUGCAAUGAUAAAAAUGUACACAUACAACUAGAUGAUAAGAUUGAACCCCACCCCCACCCCCAUCUUCAUUCUUUUCUUUUGCAAGUGCUUAUGUUGCUGUCAUUUCAAACAUCGGUUGGUAUAGCACAAGACUUGUCCUUCCCUUCCUUUUGAAAAAAUGGGUGUAUUUUAACUUCGAAUUCGACCCCCAAAAUUGGACUUAUCUUAAUUAGUGAACCCCACCUUAUGCAAAUUUAUUUUAAGGCAAUGUACAGUACUUUGAUGUAAUGUUCCCUUUUACUUUUAAAUAUGCAUAUUUACAGGUAAACAUCAUAAGACAAGUGAUUCACAAAAUAUCCUAAUAGCGUGUUCUUAUUUAUGUAUGGGCUGUAAAGAUAAAAGAGGAUGGCUCUAGGGAUGGUGGUGCAAAAGCUAGUUGAGAUAAAAUGACAGCUUUUAUAAACAAGCACAAUACUUUUCACUGUUGAUUCAAUAUGUUGCUGUAGAUUCCUUAUUUUACGCAAGUACUUUAAAAAUCCACUAUUCAACCAUUUUGCAUCAGAUUGCAAGAAUAUAAAAUUGUGAAGUUUACAUCUAUUCAAAAAUUAAGAGCAAGAUCUUAAAGUCUGAGAGAUGGGCUACUUGCGAUUUUACGUGGAUAUAAAUUCCUCACGUUUUAUUAGGAAUCUACAGUAUAUAAUCUUUAUGAUGAAUAUUUUAAAUAUGAAUGAAUAAAUAAAUGCAUUUUAGACAUGUUGACAAUUUACAGUCUUCUAGAGGCAAUGCCAACAAUUUAUUGAUGCAAUUUUGUAAAUAAGAAUGUAUGCAUAACUUUUCAUUUCGGUAAUUUUUGUUAAUGAAUCAUUCCACGUAGAGAUUUCACACAUGUAUUAGAUUUCAUUCCAGGUAUUAGUGAUGAAUAAUCAUCUUUCAUACAUUUCUUUCCAUGUAUCAGGGUCAAACAAUUGAUUAGUUUGAUAUGUACGUUAUGACUUCCUGUUUGUUAUGUACUCUGUAUCACUUUAUGAACUGAAUAAUUAGUUGUUAUAACUAUCCAUGGAAAAAAUUUGCAAUCAUUUUCACUAUCAGGUACCGGGUGGUCUUAAUCGUCCAAUAAUGAAUACAAACUUUAUGAUUUCACACUUUUCUGGAAUUGGCAUGAAAAUAUUAGAAUUUAGAUUUAGAUUAGGAUUUCAGAAAAGAGGCACUUUUAUAAUUCCAUGACAUUUUUGAUACAGAUGUAAGUCAGAAUUUAACUAAAAAAGAAAUUGUGUUUUAAUCUUACCUUUAUCAAGAAAUGAACUUCUAAUAAUGUCAAGGUAAUCAAAUAAAUCUUCCAUGUAUUUGCCGAUUUCAAUGUCAUAUAAUAUGUUGAUGCGUUCAUUAUUAUGAUUUGUAAAGUACAGAUUUAUUAUAUUGUUAUUUUGUGCAAUAUAUUGUUAUUUGUCUGAUUAUUUAUUGUUGAAUUUUAUAACAAAUUGUGAGAAAAAAAAAUUGUUUACUUUUUUACGUUCACUUUUUUUUUCUCUGAAGUUGAUUUUUAUUGCAGUUAUGUAGACUAUUUUGUAGAUGGGUUUUGGUUUUUUUCAAAUCCUCGGAUAGAAAACAAAAAUAUGUUUUGAGAUGCAGCUCAUGCUGAAAUGUGUUUUAAUAGAAAAUUUACUUUCAAACCUUCUCCAUUUAAUUAAUGUCGAAAAUAAUGUCUGUAUCUUUUAGCCUUCCUCAUCUUUGUUGUCUUAUUUUCAGUAAUAGUGAAAUUCUAGAAAGUGUUGAAAAGGUUUAACUAUAAUCGAAAAAGAAUUGUUUAUAGCACCAAUGGAUAACAAAAUUAUCGAAAUAAAAUUUCUCACAAUGUGAAGGAAA